GCUGAUUGGCUGAACCUCCCGCAAGCUGCCCACCGCAGGAAGCAAGCGCGCUUAUAUUAAAGCUGAGGAGCGCGCUUCUUGUUGUCCAGGGAGUCGCGCGAUUGAGAAAGGUUCAACGCUCCUGCAGAUAAUUCAGAGGUGAGAGAUCAAUCCCACCGAGUCCAUGGCCGUCACACACGGCAGCUGCGUAUGGAUGAUGCUGGUGAGCGCUUGCCUGUCGCUGGUUGCUGGGAGCGACUGCGGGAAGGAAUGUGCACUGUGUGUGUACCAGCUGCUGGGACAGGAGUCAAGAAUCUCCGCCUUGACAUGCUCGCUGGAGUGUGAUGGCAUGUUGGACAGCCAGAAGUUCCGCCUAUGCCAGGAAAUCCUCAUGGGGGAAGAAGAUACCAAUCCUCUCAAUGAAUCCCCUCAUCAGCAGCAGGGGGAGGAAGCAUCCAGCAGCGUCACAACCGAUGGUCAAGAGUCCACAUUGUCAGAGCAUCAGCUAACUAAGAAGUAUGGAGGCUUUAUGAAGCGUUAUGGUGGCUUCAUGGCACGACGCUCUACUCCAGGAGAGCCACCCGAGAGCCCAGGAAACCAGGAUGAAGAGGAAAAUAUUCGCCUGGAAAUCCUGAAGAUUCUCAAUUCUGCGACUGAGCGCAAUGGUGAGGGAGGGGGUCAGGCAGGUGAAGCAGCGAAGAGAUACGGAGGUUUCAUGCGUCGGGCAGAUGGCAAUGCAGCUCAGAGUGAUCUGCUAGAGGCAGUGUUAGGACGGGGACUGAAAAAAAGGUAUGGUGGCUUUAUGCGGCGCGUCGGCAGGCCAGAAUGGCUUGUGGACAGUAGUAAGAAUGGAGGGGUCCUGAAACGUGCAUGGGAGAAUGGUAGCGAGCUACAGAAGAGAUACGGCGGCUUCAUGGACUAGAAAGAUACUGUGCUGAUCCUCAACACGCCCAGUUGACUUGUCUAGCUCCACCAUUUUCAACAAAUCACCCUGUAGUUUGAACUCGUUUGAAUUAAUCACUGAUUAUGUCACAUCAUCUGUAUAAAGUGCUGGUCCCUUAAUGAUUAAAACAUGCUGUUCAGAUAUUCACACUGAUUUUGGCUGCCCUUUUUUAUUUAUCCAUCCAUCCAUCCAUCGUCGCCCGCUUAUCCGUUGCCGGGUCACGGGGGCAGCAGCUUCAGGAGGUCACACCAAACG